AUGUCUGCAAAGCCUGACCUCUGCUUCCGCGACUUUGUCGAUGCCCUCAAACAGGACAACGACCUCGUGGAGAUUGACACUCCAGUCGACCCCAAUCUCGAGGCAGCCGCUAUCACGCGGAGAGUCUGCGAGACCAACAACAAGGCCCCUCUGUUCAACAACCUCAUUGGCAUGCAACACGGGCUCUUUCGCAUCUUGGGUGCUCCAGGGUCUUUGAGAACGUCUCCGUCCGAUCGAUAUGGCCGCCUGGCACGUCACCUUGCGCUUCCUCCUACGGCAUCGAUGCGCGAUAUCAUGGACAAAAUGCUAUCUGCUAGCACCAUACCUCCAAUUGAACCGACCAUCGUCCCGACCGGUCCCUGCAAGGAAAACCACCUGGAAGGGUCCCAAAUCGACCUCACCAAGCUCCCAGCUCCCUUGGUCCACCAGUCGGACGGGGGCAAAUACAUCCAAACCUACGGCAUGCAUGUGGUCCGAUCUCCUGAUGGAAAGUGGACAAACUGGUCCAUCGCACGCGCGAUGGUGCUCGACAAGACCCAUCUAACCGGGCCGGCUGUAAAGCCUCAACAUAUCUGGCAGAUCCAACAGAUGUGGAAGAAGGAAGGUCGCGACGUCCCAUGGGCCCUGGCCUUUGGUGUCCCUCCUGCCGCCAUCAUGGCGUCCAGCAUGCCUAUCCCUGACGGUGUCUCCGAGGGCGGGUACGUGGGAGCCAUGACUGGGUCGUCCUUGGAGCUCGUCAAAUGCGACACCAAUGAUCUGUAUGUCCCUGCAACGUCGGAGAUUGUCUUCGAGGGGACACUCUCAAUCACUGAAACUGGACCCGAAGGUCCAUUCGGUGAGAUGCAUGGCUACGUAUUCCCUGGGGAUGUUCACGUCGGAGCCAAGUACACGGUGAACCGCAUCACCUAUCGGAACAACCCGAUCCUGCCCAUGUCAGCGUGUGGUCGGCUAACGGACGAGACGCAAACUAUGGUCGGAGCCUUGGCUGCAGCAGAGAUCCGCAAGAUCAGCCAGCAGCACGGUCUGCCCGUCACCGACGUCUUUUCCCCCUUCGAAUCCCAGGUCAUCUGGCUUGCAUUGCGCAUCGACACAGCAGCACUGCGGAAGAUGAAAACUACCUCCCAGGAAUUCCGCAAGAGAGUAGGUGACAUUGUCUUCAGCCAGAAACCCGGCUGGGGCUUCCACAGAUUGAUCCUGGUGGGCGACGAUAUCGAUGUAUAUGAUAGCAAAGAUGUGAUGUGGGCAUUCUCUACUCGUUGCCGGCCCGGUACGGAUGAGACGUUCUACGAAGAUGUGCCCGGGUUUCCAUUGAUCCCCUUCAUGUCGCGUGGAAACGGGUCGCCGACGACCGGUGGUAAAGUGGUUUCGGAUGCCCUGAUGCCCAAGGAGUAUACUACUGGGAAGGAUUGGGAGGCGGCCGAUUUCAAGAACUCCUUCCCGGAAGAUGUGCAGCGGAAGGUGGAAGAAAAUUGGACUGCGAUGGGAUUCAGUACAGUGUAG